CUGACAGUAAUUUUUUGGCAUUUUAGUUUGUAUUUUGUGAUUUUAAAUAAAUAAAUAAUUUAAUUUGUAGUGUAUGCUUAUAAAUUAUUUUAUAAUAUGGUUAAAAGUUGCUUUAUGUGUAAAAAAUCUUUUCAAAAGGCGUCUUCAAGAUCAUAUCACAAGUAAAUUUCCCUUUCUCGAUACGGAAAAAAGAAGUAAAUGGUUCCAAAAUUUAGGAGUCGAUCAAGUGGCCAGUCGUUGGAUUUUUUUAUGCUCUGAUCAUUUUGCUGAAGAAGAUUUUUAUUAUACACCUCAGGAGAGGAGAGUAUUAAAAAAAAAUGCUUUUCCUUUAAAAGUCAACGAAAAAAGUGUAAAUAAUCCUAUCACUAUUUCUUCAGGAUCUUCAUCUGAUACUAAUACAGCAAGUGAAGAAGAUAACUCUAUGUGCCUUUCAAAUAGUCAAAGACUGAAGUAUAUCAUUAUUUUGCCACCAUCUGAACCAUCAGGAACUCUUACAUCACCAUCAGGAUCAUUGGGAAUUGAAAGGUUAAUACAGAAUGAACCUUCGGGGUACAGAGGUAAUUUAUUAACAAAUGUUAUGGAGUCUCCAAUAAUAGCAAAUAAAAGUUCAAAAAUUGUUACUUCCCCAGCAUUUUCAUUUGAUACUAAGACAGCAAGUGAAGAAGAGAGAUCUAUGCACCUUACAAAAAGACAAAGACUGAAUGGUCUCGUUAUUCUGCCAUCAUCUGAACCAUCAAGAACUCUUUCAUUACCAUCAGGAUCAUUGGGAAUUGAAAGGUUAAUACAGAAUGAACCUUUAGGGUACAGUGGUGAUUUUUUAACAAAUGAUAUGGAAUCUCCAAAAAUAGCAAAUAAUAGUUCAAAAAUUGCUACUUCCUCAACAUUUUCAUCUGUUACUAAGACAGCAAGUGAAGAAGAGAGAUCUAUGUAUCUAUCAAAAAGACAGAGACUGAAUGAUCUCGUUUUUUUGCCACCUUCUGAACCAUCAGAAACUCCUUCAUCACCAUCAGGAUCACCGAGAAUUGAUAGGUUAAAACAGAAUGAAACUUCAAGUGGUGAUUUUUCAACAGAUGAUAUGGAGUCUCCAAAAGUAGCAAAUAGAAGUUUAAAAAUUGCUAAGAAAACUAUCAAGCGCCAAGAACAGAUAAUAGCUGAUUUGCUUGCCCAAAACAGAAGGUUAAAAACAAAAGUUAAUAAUUUACAGGAUCUUCUUUGCCAUUUACGCAAAUCUAAUGGUACAUAACUGAAAAUGCGAAGCUAACUGAUUUCGUUUUAGAAAGGAUCUGAUUUUACUUGAGAAGUUUUUUAGAAACGCAACAUAGAAAGGACUUGAUUUUGAUUUAUGUAUAAGACUGUCCCGGAGCCCAUUAUGGCUUUCAGCGGCACUAUAAAUAUGUUUGCAAUUAUGGACAGUAAAUGUGAUAUAAAUUAGAAUAAGUAAAUGUGUUAAAUAAAUUAAUUAGUACAUAGUGUAG